AUGAACCUCGACAACACCAUCUUAGUUCCAGUGAUCGGCCCUCACCUGCUGCAUAUGGCACAACCUUCCAUCUCAUCGGACCCAGCCGUGCUCGUCACGUCACUGGCAGCAUGGCAAGCCAUCCAGGCCAACUUGAUGAUGAUUGAUCCUCCAGGCCAAGUAGACCCGCCAACAUUGGAUAGUUUUGGCAUCAAACUGCCCGAGUUCCAGCUUCUUCUCGUCGUGGUUCGCUCCGAAACACGGCAAAUGCAACACGAGACGAAAACCAGUUGUUCUAGCUCCCUUGGUCUCCCGUAA